AUGUUGUUCUCCGGUUUGCUGAGACGAACUAUGUCAAUAGCACCACGUAUGGCAGCUCGAAGCUGGCGCUUAUCUUCAUCAAGGGGUUAUAGCUCUUUGGCUAUUGCAUUUGAUAUCGAUGGUGUUCUUAAGCAAGGUCCAAAGGUCCUCCCUGAAGCGAUCCGGACAAUUCGCAUGUUAGAAGGCGAUAAUCCAUGGAACCGUAAAGUUCCCUACUUAUUUAUCACCAACAGUGGUGGCAAAAGUGAAGCUGUGAGAGCUAAGGAUCUGUCGAACGAUUUUCAAACACAUGUGACAUCUGAUCAAGUUGUACAAGCUCAUACAGUGAUGCGCUCGUUAACUGAGAAGUAUCGAGACAGUCCCAUUUUAAUGCUUGGCGGUCCUGAUUACCCGCCCGGUUCAUCUCGUGGGGUUCUUGAAAGUUACGGAUUUCGACAAGUCUAUACGGCACAUGACUUGCAUGCUUAUGCUACCUCCUCGUUUCCAUAUGCACGCCCAGGCAAGGACCAGGAGCCUGCGCUUCGUCGUGUCGACUUUUCCAAAGUCCAAUUUGAGGCCAUUUUUGUGUUCCACGAUAGUCGUGAGUGGGGUCGGGAUAUUCAGUAUGCCGUGGAUCUAAUGCGAGCAGAUCGUGGCGUGUUCGGCACUGUACUUACCAAUGAAGAAAUCCGGAGGCGCUCGCCUAUGCCUAUAUACUUCUCUCAUGCUGAUUUAUUGUGGGGAAAUGAUUUUUCCGUUGCUCGACUGGGACAGGGUGCGUUUAGGGUGGCGCUAGAAGCAGUAUUCAAGCGUGUUACAAAUGGUAUCGAGUUGAAUGCGCAUGUUUUUGGCAAACCGGAAGUGUCAACAUAUAACUAUGCUAAUUCUCUUCUUCAGGGUCUGUUACAGGCGUCCUUGAAAGAUGCACGAGCAAGGAUCACUCCCCAAAACGUGUGGAUGAUAGGUGACAACCCUUUUUCAGAUAUUUUGGGCGCAAACAAUUAUGGAUGGUCGUCUGCUCUUGUUCGCACUGGCGUAUAUCGAGACGUGGAAGGUCCACCAGCGCACACGCCAACUAUACUAUCGGACAACGUGGAACAAGCAGUUCAAUCCAUCAUGCAGCGAACGUGGUCAUAA